GGUCAAAAUGUAAAUUUAUUGUCGGAAGUGAAGUUAGCUUUGCACUCGUGGGGACGAUCGGUAGUAGGCUCUAUUCAGCACAACGUCCAAGAAACGCUCAAGAAAACUGGAUAACAAAUGACCUAUAAAGGAGAUUUGAGAGACAGCCUCACUCCAUGCUUUCGUACCAGUUUCUCGCAUUUUACCAAGAAAAUCUCACGGCAUUUCCAAGAAAAAGCCCUACCACCGUAUCGUUUCCAACCUGUAAGAGAUGUUUCCUCAUCAACCGCGGCCCUGUGCCCGUCAGGAGAAACCCUAACUCUAAACCAAAACCCUCACGUUGGUUCCGGCCAUCAACGCAAUGCCCGGCCGCAGGGGAUUCGGGGGGCCCGAGCUCACCGAGGCGCUCUAUGUCCCUUGAGGGCCCUCAAAUGCCCCACCACUGGAGAGGUGAUGCCCUGGGUCCCCAACCCGGUCGAGUUGGACCCGGUCCGACUCUUUUGAACUUCACGUACCAGAUAGGAUCUACUGAGUGGGUCGAACAAAACCUUUUGAAUCAGGGUUCUAAAGUUGUAGCAUACCUUAAUUUAGACUGUGCAAUUCAAGGACCAGGCUUCUUUGCUGGUGCAACGCCUCAGCUAGAUAAUCUUCUCAUUGAGGUUGCAAAGAAGGUCCGGGAUCCUGACUCAGAGAGCAUGACCAUAUAUGAUAACUGGAUGAUUACAAAUAAAGUCAUCAAUAGGCUAAGUGGAGUGGAUUCUGAUUUUGCUCCACUUUUGCAACAUGCAGGGGUCCUUUGGUUGAUUUAUACUAUGGAAGAGAUUUUCCAGUCUAUCACACUGCUUUUGACUCCUAUAACUGGAUGACAAACCAUGGGGAUCCAUUGUUUCAACGUCAUGUGGCUGUAGCUGGAGUUUGGGGACUUCUAGCUCUUCCCCUGGCUGAUGAUCCUAUUUUACCUUUCAACUAUGUCUCUUACACAGAACAAUUAUGGAACUACACAAAUCUCCUACGCAACUUGGGUGAAAGGUAAUGUAUCCCUGCACCCUAUAACUGCAUCCAUUCAGGAACUCGCCUCUGCAGCCAAAGAAGCUGAGGGAGAAGCAUCUAGCAGUCCCUAUGGCCAACUUGACAAGGAACAAUGAAGAUGACUCUGGACGUCCAUUUGAUGGGUGCAAGGCUGCUAGAUUUUGCAAUUCUUAGACCAUACUUGCAACAUCCUGCCAUCAGUCAUGACCCAGGUAGUGCUACUGCUAUACAUACCAACAUUGCACCCUUGUUCUUGCUGCAAGAAAAUUGAACUAAUUCAUAAGAAGCAACUUACAGCAACAGUGACAUCUAAAGGACUGCAAUCAAUUCUUGCCUUUUUUGAACUAAUCCCAAGGCAGUACUAGUUGUAGGAAGAAACAACCUAUACACUCUUGGAAUUGGAAACAACAGAGGGGGUAGAUACUCAACUCCAUGAGACCAGAUGGAAAUUACUUAUUUUUCGUUGUAGAUCAAGUUGGGUAAUUAGUUGGAUUUAUUUUUAUUUUA